GUUUUCUUUGAUUUAUUUGAUUUAUUUAUUUGUACUUACUUACAAUGGGAUCGUUUGCAUAACGUUAGACGAUUUUAUUUUAUUUUUUCGUUCAAUAGAUUAAUGUGAUUCUCAUACUAGUGUAUAUUAUUGUGAUGAAUAAAUUUGUACGUCAGUAAUUGGAUGAUUUACUUUGAUGAUGUAACUUGAAUAAUUACUUUAUUAAUAAUUUAUUCUAAUCAAAGAAAAUAAUAAUUAUAAAGAUGUAUAUGUAUUUUUUUUUUUAUUACAAAAUUGUAUAAGGUUUACGUUUGAAGUCAACAAGAAAAAAAAAAAAUAAGUUUCUUAUACUCACACCACUCUCUUUUUUAAUAAUAAAUGAUACUCGUAUGGAUUUUUCAUCGUCGUAUAAUAAACAUCCUGUCAUAAUGUUGUUUUUACUAUUCACAUGAAUUUCGUAAUUUAAUUCAAGAUGUAAUGGGUAUAAAACCAACAGCACCUCAAUUUUACCAUCAGUUUAUUUUAGUUAUAUGGAUAAACAACAACAACUCCUCUUCUAAAUAAAAAAAAAUAUUUUUUUUUAAUUUUUAACUUAACAAAGAAAAUCAAUAUUAAAAAUUGAAAAAAAAAUAUGGCAAAUUUCAUUAUUUUGUGUCUUGUCGUUGUGAUGGUGUAUAAUUGUGGAUCAAUACCAACUCACCCAAUUCACUCACAAAAUCCUCAUUUAAAUGGAGUUCAUCAUGGACAUGGAGCUGUGAGCUAUCAAAAUGUUCAAGUACAACAUCAUCAUUCUGUACCAAUACCCAAUAAUCUUCAGGUUGAUGAUGGAGAAACUUUUAAUCAUAUUGAACAUGAUGUUUUAAUUACAAAAGAUUCAUAUGGUGAAAAUGAUUUUGAUCAUAUUAAUAUUCAUGAUCCAGAACAUUAUGAAAGUUAUGAUCAUCAAGUGGAGUAUGAGUAUCACUAAAAAUAAAUACAUUUUUUAUUUAAAUUAUUUUUUUUACUCUACUCAGGGGAUAUAAAUUUACUCAAUUGUAUAAUAAAAAAUAAAUUAAAUGAAUAAAAUAUAUUCUAAUUAAAGCAUUCAAGAGAGAUACCUACUCUCAUUAAUUUUUUUUAUUAUAUAUAUUUCUCUUUUUUUUUCAGCAAUAAACAAGAUAAUUUUAAAAUAAUAUAUCAUCAUUGUUAUAUAAUUUUCUAAAUUCAAUUUUUUUUUUUUGUUUUGAUGUACAAUGCUUGUCACUCGCAGCUUUGAUCAUUAAUUGACAAUGAUCAUACAAUAUU